AUGGCUGUCAGUUAUUUAAGUCAGGUAGAAGCUCAACAAGUAGAUAAUGAAUUAUUUACAGAAUAUGCUUUCUCUGUUGAUCAGCUGAUGGAAUUAGCUGGUCUAAGCUGUGCUGUUGCUAUCAAUAAGGCUUAUCCCCUUAACAAGCUACCUAAAUCCAAUGGUUCUGUACUUGUUUUUUGUGGACCAGGAAACAAUGGUGGAGAUGGUUUAGUUUGUGCUCGACAUUUGAAAAUGUUUGGUUACAAACCUUCUAUACAUUAUCCUCGUAAUCCAACCAAACAAUUGUAUAAAAAUUUAGUUAUUCAGUGUGAAAAAAUGGACAUUCCUUUUCUAUCAGAUUUGACAAAUGAAACAGUUAACUUAUCUCAAUCUUAUGAUCUAUUCAUCGAUGCACUUUUUGGAUUUGGUUUCAAACCGCCUGUAAGUCUAGAAUUCAAAAGUAUAUUACAAAUUAUGUCAACAUGUCAAAUUCCUGUCAUAUCGAUAGAUGUUCCAUCAGGGUGGAAUGUGGAAACUGGACCAUUAGAUAGUGAAAAUAAUUUAAAACCGGAUUGUUUAAUAUCAUUAACUGCACCGAAAUUAUGUGCUCAAUUCUUUCAAGGACAGUAUCAUUUUCUCGGUGGGAGAUUUGUGCCAGAUGCACUAAUGAAGAAAUACAAGUUGAAACUACCCACAUAUCCUAGUCAUGAGUUAUGUGUACUACUUAAUUCCUCCGAUGAUAAGAAGUAUUUAACAGGAUCAACAAGCAAUUUCCGUCUUCAGAGUACAGAUUGUCUAGUUAUCUCGAAUGGGAUAUAA